UUUUCACUCAGUACGGAAGAAAAACACUGUAACGCUUGAGCUUUUGUCUUGUAUUUAAGCAAAACGUGCAUAAAAUCUUAGCAUGUGGGACAUUAUCUUGCUCUUUUCCAGCAUCUGUACAGUUGUUGUUGGUGCUCCAGUCACAGGAUACAGAGGAGAGAGAGCUGACAUCAGAUGCCCUUAUGAAUCUGGAUAUGAAUCAAAUCCAAAGUAUUUGUGUAAAGGCGAGUGUAGAGACAGACACGUCAUAGUUAAAUCAGGAUCUCGAGCUAAAGACCAGAGAUUCUCUCUGAGAGACAACAGGACGACCAGAGUUUUCACCGUCACCAUCACUGACCUGAGAUCAGCAGAUGAGGGACGAUACUGGUGUGGAGUGGAGAGGAGUGUAAUUAAAGAUGUCUAUUCAGAGAUUAUGUUGCUGGUUAAACAGGAUGAUAAGACGACUGAGGUUUCAACUAUCAGCCCUUUUUCAACCACACUGUCAUAUUUCAGCACAACAGAACCAUAUCCAGAAUCCAGCAGCAUCACAAUCACUGAAAGAACAGAAACAAUCCCAGAUCAGCACAAAUCAACAGUUUCAGGUUCAUUCAUGAUUAUCAUCACUGCAGAAGCUUUGGUUUUACUCCUGAUCGUUCUUCCUUUGAUUAUAGUGGCUGUGUGGAAGAGAAAUAAGACCCAAGGUCUGCUGUCAUCCUCCAUCGUAGAGUUUAAUCCAGUCUUAUAUGAACAAAUCAAGGACGCUGGACGUGACUGUAAUCCAGAGGACAGAGACACAGAAACAACUGUAGUUUACACCUGUGCUUCCUAAACUUGUGAUAUACGUGUCCCUACAGACCCAAGUACUCCAUUAACACCACUCAUGAGUUCAUUUCAACU